AUGGUGCUUGCACUUCCGCGCCACAUCUCCGCGGCCCCUCACCUCCACUUCCCAAUUCGACGCGCUGCAACGUGUCACGCGCCUCGUGUUUCCCGCCAAUUCGUUUCUCCCACGGCCUCUCUCGUCGUAAAGGUUCCCGCGGAACGCGCUUGCGCUUCAGCCGCCGGAUUUAGCUCUACAGUCGGAUUCGCAGCGUCGCGUGUUUUCGGGUUACCCGAUUCGCGCGCUCUGCUCGCGUCGCAGCGCGCGACAGCCGGAAAUUGCACGACAGGCUCGCGCACUGCUAGGGUUGGCGGCGCGUUGGGGGUGAGAAUGGUGCUCACCGAGUCGCAGCCGCUCGAGUUAGGCACCCGAGCGCCGGAUUUCACGCUGGUGGAGCCUCUCACGGGCAAGACAUGGUCUCUCUCCGACUUUGACGGCCACCCGGCUCUCCUCGUUAUGUUCAUCUGCAAUCAUUGCCCCUUCGUGGUUCACAUCAAGUCGCAACUUGUUGCACUGGGCAACGAGUACAUCUCUAAGCAUGGGCUGGCAGUGGUUGCAAUCUCGUCCAACUCGGUACUCACUCACCCUCAGGACGGGCCCGAGAAAAUGGCAGAGGAGGCCAAGCAGUUCAACUUCCCCUUCCCCUACCUUUAUGAUGAGACUCAAGAGGUGGCCAAGGCGUAUCACGCUGCCUGCACGCCUGACUUCUUUCUCUUCAAAAAGGACGGCCGCCGCCCGUUUGAACUCGCAUACCACGGACAGCUGGACGACUCCCGGCCAUCUAAUGGUCGCCCAGUCACCGGGAAUGACUUGCGUGCUGCUCUGGAUUGUGUGCUCUCUGCACGACCAGUCCCCAGUUCUCAAAGGCCCAGCAUCGGCUGCAACAUAAAGUGGGCCCCCGGGAAUGAGCCUGACUAUUUCGGAUAG